AUGAAGCUUUAUGACACUUCUUUAAAAUACUUUGAAGAAGUUUUAGCUUACAAAGAUUUAUAAGAAUAAGAAGAUAAAAAUCAAGCGGAAAUUGCUAUAUGUACUUCCCAAAUGGCAGGUUGCUUAAGAGAAUUGAAAAGAUAUGAUGAUGCAAUUAAAAUUCUGGAAAAAUCUUUAUAAACUUUAAUUUAAAAAUAUGGUGAAAAUAAUCUUAUUACAGCAAAUUGUUAAAAUAAUUUAGGACUAACUUAUAAAAAAAGUGGAAAAUUUAGUAAAGCUGAAGUUUUAUAUUUAAAAUCUUUGAAAACAAGAGAGUUAAUGCUAUCAAAAGAUCAUCCAGAUAUUAUUGCUAGUAAACAUAAUUUAGCUGAACUUUAUAUGGAAACUGAUGAUAAAGAAAAAGCUGAAGAAUUUUUGGUUGAAACUAUGGAAGCUAUUAAAAGAGUUGAAUAAUCUUAAUAAUAAUAAAGAUCUAAAUGA